AUGACCUUGGCUAUCCCAGCUGACUACGUCUGCUCUGAUUCCCACCUGGUACCUGACCAUGGCUUGAACCGACUACCCAGUAAACAUCUAAAUCUUGGAAGGGCUUACAUACCAUGCACAGGCGCCUCCUGUCUGCAGACCUAUCUCCGUGCACCAGCUGUGCUUCAAAGUGGACCACCAACCAGCAAUUCUACAGGUGACCUGUGCAACUUUGGGCCUGACUCCCGCUGUCCUACUCUCAGGGGAGUCCGGAACUUAGCCGCAAGGGAAGCCCUCUCUCCAUUGGCCUCUAUCACCAGGUUGGUUAGUAAAUCUCAGUACAGAAAUGUACAGUGCCUUGAAAAAGUAUUCAUACCCCUUGACAUUUUCCACAUUUUGAAACGUUACAACCAAAAACGUAAAUGUGUUUUAUUGGGAUUUUAUGUG